ACAUUGCAGAGUCUGUUGAAUGGAUUAAUGUGUUACAAACCUGAUGACCCUAUUGAAUAUUUGGAAAGCUGCUUGCAGAAGGUAAAAGAGCUUGGAGGAUCAGAAAAAGUGAAAUGGGACACUUUUGUCAGCCCAGAAAAGAAGACUCUGCCUCCACUCAAUGGAGGACAAUCGAGGAGAUCUUUUUUCAGAAAUGUGAUGCCUGAUAAUUCUAACUUCCCUUACCGACGGUAUGACCGACUCCCUCCAAUCCAACAGUUUUCUAUAGAAAGUGACACCGAUCUUUCUGAAACUGCUGAGCUAAUUGAGGAAUAUGAUGUGUUUGAUCCUGCAAGACCUCGACCAAAAAUUAUCCUUGUCAUAGGUGGCCCAGGAAGUGGUAAAGGAACACAGAGUUUGAAAAUAGCGGAACGCUAUGGAUUUAACUACAUAUCAGUUGGUGAAUUGUUAAGGAAGAAGAUCCACAGCACAAGCAGCAACAGAAAAUGGAGUCUAAUUGCGAAAAUAAUUACUACUGGAGAACUAGCCCCCCAGGAAACAACCAUAACUGAGAUCAAACAGAGAUUAAUGCAGAUCCCUGAUGAAGAGGGUAUAGUGAUCGAUGGAUUUCCCAGAGACGUUGCCCAGGCAAUCUCCUUUGAGGACCAAAUCUGUACCCCAGAUUUGGUGGUGUUCUUGGCAUGUUCCAAUCAAAGGCUCAAAGAAAGGUUACUGAAGCGUGCUGAACAGCAAGGGAGACCUGAUGAUAACCUGAAAGCUACUCAAAGAAGACUAAUGAAUUUCAAGCAAAAUGCUGUGCCACUGGUUAAAUAUUUCCAGGAGAAAGGGCUAAUUGUCACAUUUGAUGCAGACAGAGAUGAAGAAGAAGUGUUCUCUGAUAUAAGUUCAGCAGUUGACAAUAAGCUAUUUGCUAACAAAGAGGCUGCAGCAGGUGAGUUAAUGCAAGAUUAAAGAACCACAUUUUUU